AUGUUAAAAGCUAUUGAGGUGUCGAUAGAAAAGAUGGAACUCUAUGUUUCAAAACUAGAAAAUCAAACUGGACUAAUCAUUGAAGCAGUGGGUGAACAAGAUGAAAAGGGAGAAAAGAUGAUGAAUGAUAUGAUUGAUGAAGAUAACAAUGUAUGUGAUUCUGCUGUUAAUAUGUGCUCUAAGCUAGAGUUAUUGAAAACAAAGACCAGUGAGAUGCCUGAAGAUGAGGUGAAAGAGGAUGAGGAACGCUUAGCGAGAACGUUAGAUUUGCAAAGGGAAGAAGAACAGGAAAUUAGAUUGGUCACCUUCGGUAGUGAAAAAGAGAAAGUUAUAAAAACUUCCCCAACCAAAGUGGUCUUGGAAAUGAAAGGAGGCGGUGAUAUGAAGAUAACCGCGAACAUUGUUCCAAAUAUUACAGGAUCAAUAUAUAGAAAACCAGUGAAUGUUACAGAAAUGAAAAGCUUUAAGGAAUUAACACAAAGUAUGGAUUUAGCCGAUACUGUUCCAACAGAAAUCGAAACAGACACAAUAGAUUUGCUGAUAGGAAAUGAUUUCUAUUUGGAUAUUAUUUUGGGACAUAAGAUUGAAAUACAACCAGGGUUGUAUUUAUUAGCAUCCAAGUUUGGCUGGAUUUUGACGGGGAGAACCAAUGAAGUGAAUGAAGAAAGCAGUGAAGCAAACAUGCUUAUUCUAACCCAUGGUCAAAACAUCUCAAAAACAGAAGUGUUUACAAACUUAGAUGAUUCCAUACCGUGUCAACCAAAUCUUGAGGAUUUCUGGCAGUUAGAAUCGAUUGGAAUUAAAGAUUUAAGUUUCAACACUGAAGAUGAUACAGUAAUGAAUCAUUUUAAGGACAAUCUGAUAUUUCAAGAUAAUAGAUACAGUGUCAAGUGGCCAUGGAAGGAUGAAAACCCAGAUAUCCCAGAUAAUCGUCCAUUGGCAGUUGGGCGAUUGAAGUCAUUGGUCUCCAAGUUUCAGAGUAAACCGGAUAUACUCAACAAAUAUAACGAUGUGAUUGUCGACCAAUUAGACAAAAAUAUAAUUGAAAAGGUUGAAAGGAAGUUCAGAGAUGGGAUUUGCCACUAUAUCCCACAUCAUGCCGUCAUUAAACCAGACAAAGCAACGACAAAGUUACGGGUAGUUUAUGACGCGUCCGCCAAAACGCGAUCCGACAAUAGAAGUCUUAACGAGUGUCUGUAUAGGGGUCCCGUGAUGCUUCGUGAUUUGUGCGGGUUGCUUAUGCGGUUCAGAUUACACAAAAUUGGUAUUGUCGCUGACAUUGAAAAAGCAUUCUUGCAGAUUGGACUGCAGAAAAGUCAACGCGACGUUACACGCUUUUUAUGGCUGAAGGAUAUUUCGUCGCCAUCAACAGAUCCAUAUAACAUACAGGAAUACCGUUUUUGUAGAGUACCAUUUGGUAUAAUAUCAAGUCCGUUCAUUCUAGGAGCAACGAUGGACUAUCAUUUAGAAACAUGCGACAGUGAGAUUGCACAACAACUCAGAGAUGGCAUUUAUAUGGAUAACGUUAUCACAGGAGUGGAUUCAGUUAGUGAAGCAAGUGAUUUGUACAAAGAAUCUAAACAAAUUUUCUCUGAAGCAAGCAUGAAUCUCAGAGAAUGGGCUUCAAAUGACGCAUCACUUCAUCAGUGUGCUUCCUAG